ACAUGUAUGAUCAGUGGGUUUACAGACAGUGUGAUGUAGUACAUGUAUGAUGUAGUACAUGUGUGAUGGUUUACAGUCAGCUCUCAGAGAGGAGGGGGUUGGAUCGUGGUUGGUGGGGGAGGGGUUUUACACACAGACAGGAAGAGACCUGCGUGUUCACAUUCUACCAUAAACACCAAACACCCCGGCGCUGCUGCUGCUCUUCUCCUCCGAGCGACUGUUGUGACGAGAGAACCGAUAUAAACACACAUCACAGCAUGAAACCCCAUCAGACACAUUUCUCACAAAACCAGAGCGACCCCCACCCCUCAAAAAACCAGGGUCAAAGUUCACAGGAAGCUGGGGGGCUGCCAUUUUUCGCUGCUGCUACAGCUAACGUCUAACGCUAGAUGCUAAACCGACGCGGAGGUGCGGUGGAUUUUUUGGAUUUUGUAGCUCGCUGCAAUCAACCGAUCCCGGUCGCCACACGCAAUCCGCUACUCCUCCGGCCGUUGUCGCGAACAGACCGCCGCCAUUGGAUGAAUUCGGCAUGGAGAAAGUAGCGGAGCCGUCUUGGACUUCUUCGUACACCUACCAGGUGAGCAAGCACAGCGCGGAGAUGCUACACAACCUCAACGUUCAGAGGAAAGAUGGAGGCAGGUUCUGCGAUGUGGUGCUGCGCGUCGGCGAGGAGAGCUUCCCUGCCCACAAGGCUGUGCUGGCCGCCUGCAGCGAGUACUUCGAGUCGGUGUUCGACCGCCAGACGGAAGGCGAAGGCGACGCCAAGGAGCUGGAGAUGCACACGAUCAGCCCGAAAGUUUUCAAAGACAUCCUGGACUUCGCGUACACCUCCAGGAUCGUAGUGCGGCUAGAGUGUUUCCCGGAGCUGAUGACAGCUGCCAAGUUCCUGCUGAUGAGGUCGGUGAUCGAGAUCUGUCAGGAGGUCAUCAAACAGUCCAACAUCCAGAUCCUCGUCCCGACCUCUCGGGGGGGAGACGCCAGCCUCUUCCAGGCCACGGCCGCCGCGGAGCUGGGUUAUCCGGCGGCUCAGGAGGGGCUCUUAAACGGAACAGGACUGCUGGUGAACGGUCAGAGCUUUGCUAACAAUAUGCAAAUGUCCAUGGAAGCGAGCGAGGACGCAGCCGCCGCCGUGUUGCUGGAAGGCGGCGGAGAGUCGUCGGUGCCGAUGCUGGAGCCUGUCGACGGACUGUCCGUGUCCCCGAGCGCAGAACUAACGGGGAACACGCUUCACCAGGACGGCGGCGACUCCCCGGGGUCAAAGAGGAGCAGGGGGCGACCAAAGAAAGCUGGUGGUGUCGUGGAGGCGCUUCACUUCAACCACAGCACCCAGAAAGACAACGGACUGUUUCCGUGCGGGACCUGCGGGAAAGCUUUCACCGAGGCUUCCCGCUUGAAGAACCACGAAGCCCAACACGGAGCCUCCAGCGCACACAGCGUCGGCCUGUCAUCAGCGGGCGGCUUGUCAUUAAUGUCCCACCCGGGUCUGGUGGAGAACGGCUUGCAGUUACCCGGCGGGCUGGCGAUGGACAACCCACGUAAGCGGGAGAGGACCAGGCGGCACGUCGGCUGUGACAUUUGCGGGAAAGUUUUCCGCGACGUGUAUCACCUGAACCGACACAAGCUCUCCCACUCCGGGGAGAAGCCGUACGCGUGCCACGUGUGCGGGCUCCGGUUCAAACGCAAGGACAGGAUGUCUUACCAUGUGCGAUCCCAUGACGGAUCUGUCGGGAAACCAUACGUGUGCCAAAGCUGCGGUAAAGGCUUCUCAAGACCCGACCACCUGAACGGACAUAUCAAACAAGUUCACACAACAGAGAGACCCCACAAGUGCCAGAUUUGUAAUGCCUCUUUUGCUACGAGAGAUCGCCUCCGUUCACAUCUCGCAUGUCAUGAGGACAAAAUCCCCUGCAAAGUUUGUGGCAAGUUCCUGCGCGCUGCCUACAUGACGGACCACCUAAAGAAACACAGUGAAGGAACACAUAACUACUGUGGCAUCUGCAACAAAGGUUUCUCCACUGCGUCCUACCUUAAGGUGCACAUAAAGACACACCAUGGCUCUCCACUGCCCCCCUCAGCCACAAUUCACAACUUCCCUGAGCCAAGGGGGGGACUGCAGAUGCACAACGGCACCCCUUACCACAUGGGACACCAGUGCUCAGUGGAAGACCUGUGCGCCAGUCGCCAGCUGCUUCUCACCUCGUCUGAGGCAGAGGGUCGCUUUCAUGGGCUCUCUGGACACCCAGUUCUUCCACAGCCUGGCCCUCCAGCCUUGGGCCUGCAGCCUGAGCUGCUCAUGGGGAAGCCAGGUGGGACUCCAUAUUUCUGGGAGUGUCGCUCUGGCGGGGUGCCUGGCUUCCCCGUCCAUGGGCCUGUUACAGACGGACAGGAGAAUGCUGAGAAAUGUCCUCAUCUGGAAUCAGAAGAAUCAGAUCCUUCAUUCGGAGAAUUGCCCAACAGUGAUGAACUGAAAUCUCCACACAAACCCGACGGGCCGGAGCUCGAGAUGCCAUCCUUAUCCUGCAACGGAGCUUCUGCAGGGGCGUUGGGUUCCCCAGAGGGAUCCAAAGCCAAGACGGACCCUGAGAAGAAGUUUACCUGCGGGAUCUGCGGUCAGGCCUUCCGCACAAAGUCCUACCUCAACAAGCACCAGCACAGAGUUCACAAAGCCCAGAAGGCCCAGGGAGUUUCAGGGUCUGGCUUAAGUGAGCUGACCCCGUCCCUGUCCUCUCCUUUCUCCCCCCAACAAAACAUGUCCUUGCUCGAGUCCUUUGGCUUUCAGAUUGUCCAGUCUGCUUUCGCCUCGUCACUGGUGGAUGCUGAGGCAGGUCAAAGUGGACUCGACUUUGGAGGCAAGUGACAAGUUUGCUGGAGAUAUAAUAAAGCUUCGCACUUGUUGGACGAAGCCAGGUUGCCCACAGAAGAUGCUCCGUAUUUGGGAAUAACUUUGCCUCAAGACUACUUUUUCUGUUUGUCGCGUUGCUUAAUGUGUAUCCAAUAUUUUUGUCAGAGACUGCCAUACAAUUCCUACUUUUUCUACUUUUUCAGAGUAUGAAAAGUGAACGGCGUGUACAUUUUCUUUGUAAAGAAACGACAUGAAGGUUUAUUUCGUUUAUCUGACAUGAAUCUGUUGAAGUAAUGUUUGGUAUGCUCUCAGUUGUUUUUGGCUUGUGUGUUAAUCUUAGCUGCACAUAUGUUCCUGACAUGGAAUUAAUUAUUUACGGCAUUCUGAAAAUUAUGAUUUUCUUUUUUAAAUGUCGGCCUGCUCUGAUGUACUUGGUAAAUCAACCCUUGGCCAUUACAACAGUUUUGAAUCUUUCAUAUAAACAGACGUCUUUACCUCAUAGCAACAGGAGGACUGAGUUCUGUAUUUAUGUCAGAUUUAGUUUUUAUUAAGACCAGGGAUUUAAAUUGGCCUCAAUUUUGAUAGCAGGUUUUGCUGCAAAUCUGUUAAUUUCAGACAAUUUUCCAUGUUCUAACAGGCACACGGCAUAUUUCAUUACACAUUUAUUAUGAGCAACAACUUUGUACAAAAAGAGUGGGUUUAAAGGUGGCUGAGUAGCACUGAGAGUUGUCAAGGACCUUUAGGAAUCAUUAUUGACAGGAUUGUAGCUGACAACAGACAGUUCAGAAGCACUUUUAAAACAAGUAUCAUAAAAACACAAAACACAUUUGGCUCCUUUGGCAAAUAAAUAUCACCCAUAAAAAUAGUAAUUAAGCUACCUCAGAAGAUAUUAACACCACAGUGCUUUGUUGUUUAUGUGUGUUAAUCAUAGCUUAAUCAAGUUUAAUUCUGUUUACUUUAUUGGAUUUCUAGAAUAACAAGUCAAAAAUGAAAACAGCCAUCAAAGCCCCAUCAGCUCCAAAUCUUCCUAAUUUAGUCAGUACUUAGAAGGACCGGUUUUGUCAUUAUUUUAGCAAAAAGCCUCAGAGGUUUGUCAUAUUUGUGAAUCUUGAGCAGAGUUGGUACACUGAGGAGACGUUUUACGAAAUGUGCUACUGGCAGCUCAUUUGGGUGUAAAAAGCCCUAUAUUAUUUUUUGAUCUGAUCAUUGGUUAAAAAAAAAAAGAAUAAUUCACAUGAAAAAUUGCAAACCUGAGGAGAGGAAAGCCAUUUAUUAUUGUGAUUUAUACUGUGUCCAGGAAUGUUUUUUUUUUUUUCUAAUAAUGAUAAUCAUGUCGGGUAAAUUUUGAUUUAAUAUCGGUCUUGAAACAUGCCUUGAGCUUGUUGGGACCCCCACAACCCCCACAACAAUGACGAAGGUUUCCGAGUAUUGUUUGUUAGUUUUUACAUCAGUUAUGUACAUUAAAACAGGGACCAAGGUCAGGUAUAUUUUCAGUCUAUUUUUUGAGAAAUGUAAAUUAUAUUUUAUUAACUUAUUCAUGCCUGUGCUUUUUUUUGUGUACAGUUUUUUUUAAAUUGUCAAACAAAAAUCUUGUGAUUUGCUCAUUUUGAUAAUUUUUCACUGUAGAUUAUGUUAAAUGGAGUGAUGUGCGUGUCUUUGUGUGCGUGUUGUGCAGCAGUUUAGAGGAGGGAUUGACACCCUGAUCCACCAGCUACUGCACCGACCAAACUUAAUGCAACUUUUACAGAGUCAAGUAACUAAGCUCAUGUUCUUUCUCCAGUGUUUAUUCAUCUUCUGCACGUCUUGUAGUGAUCAACCCCCCUCUGUCAGUGAUCUGUCAGUCGCUUGCUCUGUUGUGUAGAUGACACGACUUGUGUUUGCACUAAUGUCCGCUCAGUUAAGGCACAAGCGAUCCACCUUGUUGUCAUUAAUUCAAACUGUUGAAUCCAAGAAAUUCCUGUGAUGUCUAAAAUGAACCAUCUUUACUUUUUAAAUAACCCAAUAUGACAUUUGUGAUUGAAUGCAAAGGUCUUUUCAGUUUAAUCUGGCUUAAAUGAGGUUUAGGUAUGUAACUGAUCAUUAUUUUUAUGAUCAUUUAUCCUGCAGACUAUUUUUGAAUCAUAUAUGUCCAUUGAGACUUUCAAUUGACUUUGUUUGUCUGAUCAACAGUCCAAACACAGAUGCAAACUCACUGCAGAAGCUCUAGAAACUAUUAACCUCUUAACAAAUCACUGUAGUUGUGUAUUAGUUUUUCAGUUGAUCGACCAAUUGAUUUAAUGGAUUAAUUUAAAAGAAUAAUCAUUUUCAGACAUCUCUUCACUCUGAAACGUAGAACUACAGUAGGUCGAAGUAACACAGUUGCAAAGUAAACAAUAUGAGAUUUCAUUAUUGGGUAUCAUGAGGACCUCACAUACAAAACACUUUAAAGAUGAUAUUUUGAUAUCUCAUGUUCAAUGUUUAUUUUUGUUGUGUAAAUUCCAACAGUGAAUGGGCAAGCUGUGUGUGUGUGUGUGUGUGUGUGUGUGUGUGUGUGUGUGUGUGUGUGUGAUUGUAAGAAGAGCGUGUGUACAUGUGCCAUCUAUGCGUGUUUGUCUGUUUCCUGCUUCUGUUUAAUUAUUAUAUGUAGGUCAAUUUGUCUGUUGAAUUCAGUACAUUCCUAUAUUAUUUAUGUUUUUAUCAUGAUUGUAACAAGUGUAUAUACCAUUCAUAUACACCAUCUAUAGAUAUAUAUAAAUAUAUGAACCAACCAAUAUGAUCGAUGUUUGUCAGUGGUGGUCCUGUACAUAUAUAUAGUUUUUUUUUCUUGUCUGUUAUAUGGAGGGGUGUUAAGUUAUGGCCAUUUCGACUGAAAAGAAACUGCAUGUGCCUGGCAUGCGAGCUGAGCUGGGGACUGAAUGUCGAUCACUGGUUGGUGGCAGUAAUGGUUUCACUGGUCACUCUGCUGUCACGCUGCUCUGGUAGCGCUCACACUGCCAGCCGCAAGACUCACGUCUUUUGUUUUCCUCUGCUUUUGUUUUGAUCCACUCUGCACUAAGGUAUUUACAACUUAAACGUUAAUAAGGGUUGUGUUGUGAUUAUUUGUUUGAAAUCAUGUGGACGAUGCCGUCAGGAAGGAAUUUCUUCACAGGGAUGUAUGAUUUGUUUCACUAUAGGUUGGUACUUCAGAGUUAAAAAAGAUCUUUUCAUUGAUUAUUUAGACCUAAAUGGUUUUUGCUUUCUGCUUUUGGUCUGUUGCAAAGUGCCUUCCAAAUACUGAUUGUGCACAGCAGUGGAUUAAAAAAGAUCCUCUUUUCUAAAGGUUGAAAAUUGUACAGAGUGACUUGCAUUGACACUUUUGUAUAAAAACGCUCACAAAAUGUACAAUAUGUUACCUUGGUAUUUUAUCAUCAUACGCAACAAGAUUGCUCUUUAAACAUGUGAGCUACAUGUGUCUUUGGACAUGUUUCAAUUUAAGCAUACUUUUCUAUAGAUAUUUGUUUUUGUACUCUGUUAUCGAGUCUCAUCUCUCUUGUUGGUACAGAGAUGUGGGCAUCAAAUAAAUUGCAAUUGAAAAAGCU